UCUUAAUCUUAGAGGACUGCAUGUUUUAUUACAGCCUUUAAAAAAUGGAAAUCGAAGAUGUUUAUAUUUUUCGGGCUGUGGUGGGGUUUAUGUGGGUGAUGUACCUGUGGGAAACGUACCUAUCUUGGCGUCAGAGAAAUGUCUACAAGACAUCAACCAAAGUGCCUGAUGUACUCCAAGAUGUUUUGGAUAAAGAAACCUUUGAGAAAGCUCGCCUUUAUCAGCUGGAUAAAAGCAACUUUGGAUUUUGGUCUGAUUUGUAUUCUCAAGUGGAGUCCACGUUAAUUUUAGUGUGUGGUGGUCUCCCCUUUCUUUGGACAUUGGCUGGGCGCAUACUGCUGAGAUUUGGAUAUGGUUUUGAAUAUGAAAUUUUACAGUCGCUGGUUUUCACUGUGGUAGCCAUGUUAAUUUCAACAGCAUUAUCUCUACCUUGGACCUUAUACAGUACAUUUGUUAUAGAAGAAAAACAUGGAUUUAACAAGCAGACGUUAAGUUUUUUUUUCAAAGAUCAGGUAAAGAAGUUUUUUGUGAUGCAGCUGAUUGCCCUUCCUAUAAUAGCCUCGCUUAUCUACAUCAUCCAAGUGGGUGGAGACUACUUCUUUGUCUAUGCGUGGCUCUUCACCCUGAUCAUGUCACUGCUUCUUAUCACUAUUUAUGCUGACUACAUUGCCCCAUUAUUUGACAAGUUUACACCUCUGCCCGAUGGAGAUCUGCGACAAGAGAUUGAGAAACUCUCGGCAAGCAUCAAUUUUCCACUUAAGAAGUUGUACGUUGUUGAAGGUUCUAAACGAUCAUCUCACAGUAAUGCCUACUUCUAUGGGUUCUUCAAGAACAAGCGGAUUGUGUUGUUCGACACACUGCUGGAAGGGUACAUGUCUGAGGAGGAGAAGAAGGCAGCUCUGGAAGAAGAAAAAAAGAAGAAGACAGCCCUGGAAGAAGAAGAAAAGAAGAAGACAGCCCUGGAAGAAGAAGAAAAGAAGAAGACAGCUCUGGAAGAAGAAGAGAAGAAAGAAACUGAACAGAACAAAGAACAAACUGAAUCUAAGAAAACUGAAUCAGAGGCAACUGGUGACAGUAAUAAAAUAUCUGGUGACAGUGAAGUGUCUGGAGACAGUAAAGAGAAGAAAGAAGAGAAGAGAAAGACGGGAUGUAAUGACCAGGAGGUGCUGGCCGUCUUGUGUCACGAGCUGGGACACUGGUUUCUCAGUCACAACCUCAAGAAUAUGUUUAUUGCCCAGGUGAACACGUUCCUGUGUUUCAUGGUGUUUGCAUUCCUGAUCAACCGGAGAGAACUCUUCACGGCGUUCGGUUUCACCACCCAGCCAGUUCUCAUUGGUCUGCUCAUCAUCUUCCAGUUCAUCUUCUCACCCUAUAACGAGAUUUUGUCAUUUUUCAUGACGAGACUGAGCCGAAUGUUUGAGUUUCAAGCGGACACGUUUGCCAAGUCUAUGCACCGUGCAGAGGCCCUCAAGUCGUCACUGAUCAAACUAAACAAAGACAAUCUGGGAUUCCCGCUCUCCGACUGGCUUUUUUCAACAUGGCAUUACUCACAUCCACCUCUCUUAGAAAGGCUGAAAGCUUUAGAGAAAACCGAAUAGGCAAAACAAUAUUUCACGUUCUGCAACUCUGUACACUCUAUUACUGCUAAUAAUCAAACAUUUUAAAGAUUGCCCACUGUAUGUUUUAGAAAGGUAUUUCAAGGGUAUCUUGUUUCAUAUUUAUGUACCGUAUUUUCCCCGUGUAUUAUGCACACUUUUUCCCCAGAAAAUACAGGUUAAAAAUGGGGGAGCGCACUAUACAUAGCAAUAGAAAAAAUAUCUUUUAAAAAUGUCCAGCGAUCACCCAUGAAAACUCGUUGAUCAGUAGUUUACAGGUUAUUGACAGUGUUCAUCACAACAAAACGCCAAAACACCCUUAAAAAUCGCUUUUCACUUGUGAUGGUUGUAAUAAAUGCAAAAUAAAUCUACAAAAGUAUCCAUACCUCGCCAAAAAGUGCACAAAAAUUACAAAACUGGACCGUAAAUAUUUUUAAUUUCCAUGAGAUUUAAUUCGUCCAUUUCCGGCAAACCGGAAAUAUACCACACUAUUAUAAAUUUAGAAAUCUAUUAUAAAUUUUUCUUGGAAUAAACGUUCAAAGUGGGGGGUGCACAUUAUACACCGGUGUGCAUAAUACAUGGGAAAAUACGGUAAUAGUGUUGGUAUAUAGUGGAAACAGCCUGUGGAAAUGUUCCAACCAGCCCAGUUGGUAGAUCACUGGCGUGUAUGUGGUUCAAAUCCCUUCAGUGUAGCUAGUGUACAUUGAUUUAUCUGUUGCAUUUGGAUCCAAAUUAUGGACUACGUGUAUUUUGGCACAAGAAAACAGUUGUAACUAGCAUUAGGAAUCUGACCAAACGUUAUGAGCAGUCAUCAGUUUCAACAAGAUGAUCAGUGAUCAAAUAAUAAAGGAUUAAAAUAUACAUCAUGUUUUUGCAAAUUAAUGAUGCACAGUAUUAAUGGUUUAACAAAAUAUAAAUUUUGAACAGUAUGUAUUGCAAUAUUUUUAUAUUUAUAUAUUUUGUAUAUGUACUAGUCUCAUAUUAUAAUAUUUUCAAACAAAACUACCAGUUUAACAAACCUCACACUUAUGUACCGUAUCCGUAACAAGAUCACCGAAAUGGUCCAAAAAAAACAUCUACUAAGUGGUAAAGAAUGUACUUUACUCAGUCUCGCAACGCUCCUUAUAGGUUCCCUUGUUAUUGUAAACAAAGAUGGCAGCAUCAGCGUCCGGCGGUUAAUUUUUGAUAUUGCUUUCAAGAUUGUCACAUGUUACCGAUGCUGCGAUUGGUCAACG